UCGUCGUCUGGGCUGGUUUGGACUGUGACUGUGGGACGCGCCGGGGUGAUGGCGGUGGAGACUCUGUCCCCGGACUGGGAGUUCGACCGCGUUGACGACGGCUCACAGAAAAUUCAUGCUGAAGUCCAACUUAAGAAUUAUGGGAAAUUUCUUGAGGAGUACACAUCUCAAUUGAGAAGAAUUGAGGAUGCACUGGAUGAUUCAAUUGGAGAUGUUUGGGAUUUCAAUCUUGAUCCUAUAGCAUUAAAGCUUUUGCCUUAUGAACACUCUUCCCUUUUGGAACUCAUAAAAACUGAGAACAAGGUCUUAAACAAAGUCAUCACGGUUUAUGCUGCACUUUGUUGUGAAAUCAAGAAAUUAAAAUAUGAGGCUGAAACUAAAUUUUAUAAUGGUCUCUUGUUUUAUGGAGAAGGAGCUACAGAUUCCAGCAUGGUGGAAGGUGAUUGCCAAAUUCAAAUGGGCAGAUUUAUUUCAUUCUUACAGGAACUGUCUUGUUUUGUUACGAGGUGCUAUGAAGUGGUGAUGAAUGUAGUCCAUCAGUUGGCUGCCCUCUAUAUCAGUAACAAGAUUGCACCCAAGAUUAUAGAGACAACUGGAGUUCAUUUUCAGACUAUGUAUGAGCACUUGGGAGAGCUACUGACAGUUUUGCUUACCUUGGAUGAAAUUAUUGAUAAUCAUAUCACAUUGAAAGACCACUGGACUAUGUACAAAAGGUUACUGAAAUCUGUCCAUCACAAUCCUUCAAAAUUUGGAAUUCAGGAAGAAAAACUAAAGCCAUUUGAAAAGUUCUUGCUGAAGCUAGAGGGACAGUUACUUGAUGGAAUGAUAUUUCAGGCCUGUAUAGAACAGCAGUUUGAUUCUCUCAAUGGAGGAGUAUCUGUUUCCAAAAACAGCACUUUUGCUGAAGAAUUUGCACAUAGUAUUCGCUCAAUUUUUGCAAAUGUAGAAGCCAAGCUUGGGGAACCUUCUGAAAUUGACCAGAGAGACAAGUAUGUUGGGGUUUGUGGACUCUUUGUACUGCACUUUCACAUUUUUCGGACUGUUGAUAAAAAGUUUUAUAAGUCUUUAUUGGACAUUUGUAAGAAGGUGCCAGCCAUCACUCUAACUGCUAAUAUUAUUUGGUUUCCUGAUAAUUUUUUAAUCCAGAAAAUACCAGCAGCUGCCAAACUUCUAGACAGAAAAAGUCUUCAAGCCAUUAAAAUAUACAGAGAUACUUUCCUACAGCAGAAAGCUCAAUCACUUACCAAAGAUGUACAGUCUUACUACGUCUUUGUGAGCUCAUGGAUGAUGAAAAUGGAAUCUAUUUUAUCUAAAGAGCAGAGAAUGGAUAAAUUUGCUGAAGACCUCACCAGUAGAUGUAAUGUUUUUAUACAGGGCUUCUUAUAUGCAUAUGGUAUUAGUACCAUUAUUAAAACCACAAUGAAUCUCUAUAUGUCCAUGCAAAAGCCAAUGACCAAAACCUCAGUUAAGGCAUUAUGCAGGCUUGUUGAACUUCUCAAGGCAAUAGAGCAUAUGUUCUACAGGAGAAGCAUGGUUGUGGCUGAUUCAGUUUCACAUAUAACACAGCACCUUAAACAUCAGGCUCUUAAUUCUAUUUCUGUGGCCAAGAAAAGAGUAAUUUCUGACAAAAAAUAUAGUGAACAGCGUCUUGAUGUGCUCUCUGCUCUAGUUUUGGCUGAAAACACACUAAAUGGACCAAGCACAAAGCAACGACGACUUAUUGUGUCCUUGGCACUAAGUGUUGGCACGCAAAUGAAAACAUUUAAAGAUGAAGAACUCUUUCCACUUCAAGUAGUCAUGAAAAAGCUGGAUCUCAUCAGUGAACUUAGAGAAAGGGUCCAAACACAAUGUGACUGUCGUUUUCUUUACUGGCAUCGAGCUGUCUUCCCAAUUUAUUUAGAUGAUGUAUAUGAAAAUGCCGUUGAUGCAGCCAGAUUACAUUACAUGUUCAGUGCUUUACGUGACUGUGUACCAGCGAUGAUGCAUGCAAGGCAUUUAGAGUCCUAUGAAAUACUUCUGGAUUGCUAUGACAAGGAAAUUAUGGAAAUUUUAAAUGAGCAUUUGCUGGACAAGUUGUGCAAAGAAAUAGAGAAGGAUCUGCGGCUUUCUGUGCAUACUCAUUUAAAGCUGGAUGACCGAAACCCUUUCAAAGUCGGCAUGAAAGACCUGGCCCUUUUUUUCUCUCUGAAUCCAAUUCGGUUUUUCAAUCGUUUCAUUGACAUUCGGGCUUAUGUGACUCACUACCUAGACAAGACUUUCUACAAUCUCACGACAGUAGCUCUUCAUGACUGGGCCACCUAUAGUGAAAUGAGAAAUUUAGCGACUCAGCGUUAUGGGUUGGUUAUGACAGAGGCACAUCUUCCUAGUCAGACCCUGGAACAGGGCCUGGAUGUUUUGGAAAUUAUGAGAAACAUUCAUAUAUUUGUAUCUCGAUACCUCUAUAAUCUCAACAAUCAGAUUUUUAUUGAACGAACAAGCAAUAACAAACAUUUGAACACUAUUAAUAUUCGGCAUAUUGCUAAUUCAAUUCGAACCCAUGGCACAGGAAUCAUGAAUACAACAGUUAAUUUCACCUACCAGUUUUUGAAAAAGAAGUUCUAUAUAUUUAGCCAAUUUAUGUAUGAUGAACAUAUCAAAUCCAGAUUGAUUAAAGAUAUUCGGUUUUUCAGGGAAAUCAAGGACCAAAAUGAUCAUAAGUAUCCUUUUGAAAGAGCAGAAAAAUUCAAUCGAGGCAUCAGAAAACUUGGAAUAACCCCAGAGGGACAAAGCUACCUUGAUCAAUUCAGGCAGCUCAUCAGCCAAAUCGGUAAUGCUAUGGGCUAUGUACGAAUGAUAAGAUCUGGUGGCCUUCAUUGUAGCAGCAAUGCCAUUAGAUUUGUUCCUGAUCUUGAAGAUAUUGUAAAUUUUGAAGAACUAGUAAAAGAAGAAGGUCUUGCGGAAGAAACCUUAAAAGCAGCAAGGCAUUUGGAUUCAGUCCUCAGUGAUCACACAAGAAAUUCUGCUGAAGGCACAGAGUAUUUCAAAAUGCUUGUAGAUGUUUUUGCUCCAGAAUUUCGAAGGCCAAAGAAUAUACAUCUCCGAAAUUUCUAUAUCAUUGUUCCCCCUCUGACCCUCAACUUUGUAGAGCAUUCCAUUAGUUGCAAGGAGAAAUUGAAUAAAAAAAAUAAAAUUGGAGCUGCUUUUACUGAUGAUGGCUUUGCCAUGGGUGUGGCUUACAUUCUAAAGCUUCUGGAUCAGUACCAGGAAUUUGACUCACUUCACUGGUUCCAGUCUGUUAGAGAGAAGUACCUGAAGGAGAUCAGAGCAGUUGCUAAGCAACAGAAUGUGCAUUCAACUAGUCAAGAUGAAAAACUACUGCAAACCAUGAAUCUCACUCAGAAGCGACUGGAUGUCUAUCUCCAGGAAUUUGAAUUGCUCUAUUUCUCACUGAGCAGUGCAAGAAUUUUCUUCAGAGCUGACAAGACUGCAGCAGAAGAAAACCAAGAAAAGAAAGAGAAAGAAGAAGAGACUAAAACAAGCAAUGGAGGCCUGUCCGACAGCGCUGUGUCUGCAGAUCCUGUUGUCAAAUGAUGUCGAUGGUAUGCGUUGCCCCUGUGAAAUUCAUCAGAAUUGUGUCACUACUAUUGCCAGUGCAAUGUCAGUAAGCUAAUGAUGAAGUGUUUCCUGGGCCACAUCUCUGGAAAAUAUUUAGAUGUUGCAGCUCUUUAAGGCAGUGCUCUAAAAGUUAAGUCCAUUCUUCCAAAGGCAUUACUUUUCAAAGGUUGAGAAUGAGAUUUUAAAAUUGGAUUUUUGCCUGGACUUGAGGCUAUAAGAUGUGCCUAGGAACAGUUAUUUAAGUGAAGUUAAGUUAUAAAAGGGCCAAUCCAAAUUCCCAAACUGCCACCUCAGAUCUCUUGUAAUCUACAUGAAUGUUUAUAAUUGUAUUUGCAUAGGUCUUUGAUCUAUAUUUGUCUUAGUCUUUGGAAGUUCAAUGCGUAUACUAUGUACAGCCAGUAAAUACAUGUUUAAACAAAAGGAUUUGAGCCUGAAAUUCAUGAGGCAUAUGUAUCAAUAUUCUUAUAAAAGAAAUAUAUGAAGAUGGUUUUGAUACUAGAGGUGAGGCACAAGUGUGUUGUGUACCCUCUAUGUACAGUAUAAACUGAUUCAUUGUUAAUUUCAUGUGAGUCACAAGAGCUGCUGAUGUCUUUAGUGAGACAUUUUAUAACUAGUUUACAUUGCUUUGAGAACAUUUAACCUCCAACAGUUGCUUUAAACUUAAGAUUUACUUCAUACUCAAGAUGAAAGAAAAUUCAGAUAAAGCCAUAGAGUCCUGCUUGAAGCUUCGUUUUUGGUUGAAGGCACUAUGUAUGAUAUCAAAGAAAAUUGAAUGAAUUCCUAUUUCUACAUCCAAACUCAGGUUUCUUCUACAUUAGGUUGAAUUGAAAUCUUGGUGAUGGUUUGGGCAGACUUUUUCUUUAAACCAAGUAUAAUCUAAGACAUCUGAUUAAGCACUGUGCAGGCUUUUAAAAAAUUAUCACUGUGAGAAUAAUGUGCUAAUAAAUUAUUUACGGAUUUAAAAAGUACAGAAAGAUUUUGAGUAAAUUUAGUUCCCAGCAAGCUGCUAGCUUUAUUUUUGUAAAGAUUGUCAGUUAAUAGUUAAAUGGUUAAUCACGGCCUAUAAACUUUUAAUAUAAGACAGUGAUACUUUUACAAUGAAAACAAGAAGUUUUAAAACUUUGCAUGUAAUAUAUCAUUUUGGGAAAUACUUGAUUUUUCCAUUGCACUCACCUAUUAAGCAUUUCUUUGGGGAAAUCCUGCAAAUAAUGCUAACAUCGUUGUUUGAUUUCCAGCUUUUGGAACAGGUGUACAAUGCCCUGUCUGUAUCAUUGGUUAGGGUGAGGGUAACUUUCCCAGCCCAAGAUAAAACACUUCUACUGUUAAAAAUCAGAAAAAACAGAAUAGGUAGGAAAUGUUUUUUGUUUAUUAUGUAAACAUGACUUAGAGAAUUAUGGACAAUGGAUGGAUUAAAGGCAUUUCAUAACUGUAGAAUUGGCCCUAAAGCAUGCUGCAUAAUUAUUAAUUUAUAUUUUCAUUAUUAUAAAUGUUUAUAUUAAUGAUCUUUCAUUUGAUCGUAUCAAAUUCGUCACCAUUUCCUAGCAACAGUAUUGUUUUUUCUGUUUCUCUUCUCUGACUUCCCUAAAAUCAUCUCCUUUAAUAGGGAUAGAAUUAUAAUUAGAAGAGAAUCAGAUGUCUCUGUUUGUUAUCCCCACACAUCAAUUAAUUAUUUUAUCAAUACUAGGUAAGCAUUCACAUGCUGACUUCCUGGAUACCUACAAUUGAGAAGAAAGUGACAGAUUAUUAUUUCGCCCUUAGUUCGAAAUAAUGUCACUUGGAUAAAUUAUAGUAAGUUCACAUAUUUGAAAUAAAAUCUCUGAAAAGAUUAAGCAUAUUUAAAUGCUAUUAAAGUGCAGAGCAACAGGGCUUGAGUGUUUCACACCUAAGUUCAUAUACACAUUUGGAUGAUGGUUUUCCUUGCUAACAUAUUAAUGUUAAUAUUUUCAUUUUUUUCAUACUGUAAUUUAAAAUUAGUGUGAGUAUUUGUUGUAAAUUCACAGAAAACUUAAUGUACAAAUUCUCAGGAAAUAAGGACUAACCAUACAUUGUCACUUCUAAUUAAAUUUUGUAAAUGAUGGCAAGCUUGUUACCUCACUUGAGUGGGGCUUCCCCCUCCUGCAUCUUAAUGUAUAUUAAAUGUUUAAUAUACAUAUUAUACAAUAUGUAUAAUAAAACAUUAAUAAAUAUAAUUUCAAAAAUUUACUUCCCCUGUAUGUUUAUGUUCAAAAUGGAAUGUCUUAAAACAGUAGUUCUUAACCUUAACCUUUUUGGAGUCCCCUUUAAUCUAACAAAAUUUACGGAAUUUAUUUAAAAAAAAUACUUGCAUGCACAUAGGCAAAAAAUUUCAAGUGUUUAAUGUUAGAAAUAACUGUAGGGCCAUUUGCAAACAUGAGUUGAACUGAAACAAUAAUAAUAAUAAAUGAGAGCCUUUUAAAUAUUACACUG